AUGUCCAACUUCAAACGAGCUCCGCAACCUGGCCACGCCAUGGCUCCGAGAGGCGGCAUCUUGAGUGUGCUGCAGGCAACGACGAUGCUCGACUCGAAGCCUGUCCUACCGGCCGAGAUCAUCGCAACUAUCUUGGACUACCUGCCGGUUUCCGAUCUUAUUCGCUUCGCGAGAACCUCACGACGCAUGCGCGAAAUGGUCUACGACGAUACGAGAUGGGUACCGCGACUGCAAAGCAUGGGAGUUUGGAACGAAGCCGAGGCGAGGCAAAGAUUCGAAGAUGCAAUGAAGCGCAAACGUGAGGCGGCCGAGCGUGGAGCAGCGAGCAGCGGUCCAAGUCCAAUCACUCCGAGAGUGACAAACACCACCAUAUUUGAUGCUGCGCUGGAAGAGGAGCGGCAGCAGAAGCCUGUGCAACAAAGCCCACAAGCUCCAGAAGUAAGGGUGGACGGCUUCGAAACGCUUACCUUGAACUCGUCCCAGUCCAAGUCGCCUUACGAAGACCCCGAAACCCUUUUAGAUGUUUUGAAGACCGUCAAGAGCAUACGUGGUCAUGCACGGCCUGAGUAUGGCAAGGUAUAUGGAGCUCUGGCCCCCUUCUACUUUGACUUGGUGGAGGCAAAGAGUCAUGUCGAUCCUGUUGUGUUCCGAGUAUUUCGGGAUCCGGACCAACAGGCUCGAAUGUUGAACAACUUGUUCACCUUUUCCAAGAGUGAUUGGGCUCAAGGAUGGGCGCAAAGAGAAGAAAAGCUGUCAACUAUGGCAAGCGUGUUCGAAACGGCCGUGUUGCGCGAAUUCGAGCAAGGCUAUGAGUUCUGGGACGUCGACGGGCGAAUGAAAAAGUAUGCUCAUGUUCUGCAUGCUCUGAAUGGCGGGAGCGCGGCAAUGGACCUGUUCAUCUCAAAACACCCCUUGUUGGACGAUCGCGAUGUCUUGGCCAACUCUACGGAUUGCGUCAACCAAGCUUCGUGGGAAAAUAUUACCCUUGAGCCCUCGCGUAUGUUUUUUGAAACACUGGCUAAGAAGGCAAACGAGCAGUCCUCGGUUAUAGCCCGGAUUUUCCCCAAUGCAGCAACAGUCUUCUGGGCGCUUCUGGACAAGCUGCAAGAAGAUGUCAUUACGGAUUAUGUCACCUCGCUCCUUGAUGAGUUACACAGACGGAACAAGGCCUCAUACCUGAAGGCUGUCUCUGGGCUCUUUGAGCAAUGUCUUGCCUUUGCGCGAUCCUUACAUCCGCCAUCAGGCUCUGCAGAGGAGCUAGAAGAGCAUGCAAGACUGAUCGCCCUGCAUGUUUUUGAGCAGCAUCUAGAUUUGUACUUGCAGGAUGAACUGGACUUCUUCACACAGCAUGCGGAGCGAGAGGUCACAAACUGGGCUCAGCGCCUGUCUGAGCAGGAUCUGACUGCCGAGUCAUUCUAUAUGAGCAACUUCAAUCGGAGGGCAGACAAGAAUGACUUCUUGAGUUCUUUCAAGAAAGUCGUCAUGAUGCCCGUGACGGUGCUGCCUUUCGGCGGUGCUGCAGCGAAGCCUGCUGCAACGCCAGCAACUAAUAGAAUGAGUCUCCAGCCAAAUGGAGUACCAACACCCUCUACCUCCCGACCGCAUACGCCUGGCCUCGGAAACCCGCUGGAGAGGAAAGAGAGCCCUCUUCCAUCAGAAGCGCCAACCGACGAGCUGAAAGCAAAGGCAGCGCUCAUGGCAAGCAGAUUGGAAGGUAUUAAAACCCUCUGCAGCAUCGAGGUAGCUCUCGAUUUAGUGGCACAGGCCAAGACGAGUCUGGGUCGAGUCGCUAUGUUUGUGCGGCUCGGCGGACAAGCUGGUGGGGAGGCACGAGAGCAGUGUGAGGCUAUUUUCAUUUCCCUGUUGAAAACUCUCGGUCACAUCCAUGUGAAGGAAGGCUUUGUCAAAGCCGUUGACCACCUGUCUCUGUACAACCCUAGGGAGGUUAGCGACCACAGCCAAACGGGGGUCGCGCCACUGGUUACUUUCAUCGAGCUCGUCAAUGUGGGAGAUCUCAUCUCACAGAUGAUUGAUGUCUUUUACGAACAGCAGCUAGCGGCACCAAAGAUCGCAGAUCGGAACGACUUUCUCGAUCCUGCAGGUCUCGCCAAGAAAAAAUUCGAACAGAUGCUGGAUGAGAGCGUUGCAGCGGGUCUCAACAAAGGUAUUGACGUGCUCAUGGACGAAGUAGAAUAUCUCUGCGCCACUACACAACUGCCGACCGACUACAAUCCACCUCCGCCAUCAGAGGAAAAAGGAGCCUCCCAGGACUUUGACAUCGGGCCCUCGCAGACUGCGAAACGGAUCAAGGAUCUUGUCUCAUCCCAUACGAACAUGCUCAUUGGUAGUACCGAAAAGACCAUGCUCGACGUUUUCAAUGGCGAGGUUGGGCUCCGCUUAUUUACAGCCAUAUGCAAACACUUGAAGCGGCAACGCAUCAGCACGGAGGGAGCCAUAAAACUAAUUGCUGACAUGAACUUGUACUUCGAUUAUAUCCGCACCCUGAGAAACCAAGAUCUCCUGGCGUAUUUCAAGGCUCUCCGGGAGCUGAGUCAAAUCUACCUAAUCGACGCGAAACAUGCAAAGGAGAUGGCUACUGUCAUUGCAGACGGAGAUCGGUUCGGCGGUGUCUUCAGGGCCGAAGAGGUCUAUGAAUACGCCCAGCGAAGGGCGGAUUGGUACCAAGUGAAGCGCAACGUCGAGAGGGCUAUGUAUGGCAUGGAUUGUAGUGUCAUGUGA